CGCCGAUAAAAACAAUAAAACACUCGUGGUUACCAAAUCUCACCUAUUUAAAAUUGCGUACUUGUUGAUAAGAAAAUUGUUAUAUCCAUUAAAAUUACUAACCUUCAACCUUUGUUGCAGAGAGCAGAAGCUAGCGAGCUACAUACUGUUAUUUGAUACACAGUUUAGUAUUUUCAAAAUGUCUCUUUCGAAGCCUGUUAUCAACGUUUUGAGCUUCUAUUUCGGCCAAUUGUUUGAGCAUCCAUUGAGAACCAAAGCUGUUACUUGUUGUGUAAUUGCAACAGCAGGAAACUAUGUGUCUCAAAAAGUUGGUGGCGAGAAAGUGCUCAAUGUUCCUAAUCUUCUAGCCUACAGUUUAUACGGAUUGCUAUUCGGUGGCACCAUUCCACAUUAUUUCUACAACAUGUUAGAGCGAGUCGUUUCGGAAGAUGCGUCGUUUGCAGUGAUUAAAAAGCUCAUUAUCGAAAGACUGAUUUAUUCGCCGCUUUAUCAAGCGUUUACGUUGUACGUACUCGCUCGAUUAGAAGGGAAAACUCACAAAUCGGCCAUGAAGCAACUCGAAGAUUUGUAUUGGCUGGUGUUGAGCAGCAGCUGGAAAUAUUUGACGAUUAUACAUUUGAUUAAUUUAAGCGUCGUUCCGCCUGUGGUAAGAAAUUAUUAAUUGUUUACUAAGAUACUCUUCGUAAAAACCGCUGGAGGUUACCGAGUUAACCGUUUGCAUUUUGUUUACUAGAAAAAACUUGCUUGUGUAUAUUUGAUCGAUUUUGUUUCUAAAUAUUUUUACCGUUUAUAACUGAAAUGUUAUGGAUAAUUUUAUUGGAUGGUUGUAAAAAAAAUCACAUUUUAUUUUUAUUAAUUUCAUUAUACAGUCGAAUUCUUAAUGAUAAGUCAACUAAUAUUACUUUUCAAUAUGGUUAUUACAAUUAUCCGAUGAAGGAAUUAUUCAUAGUGAAAAAAAUUAAAUAUCUUUUAGCCGUACACUUUCAUUGAAAUGCAUCGUACAAUUUUGAGAUACGUUCCUUUAGGCUCAAAAUCGAUUUUCUUUAGUAAAUUUCUUAUGACUCCUUUAUGACGACAAUAAGCCCUUGCGGGUAUUCAUAACGAAUUUGAUGGGCUUCUUUUGGACUAUAUUUUUGGCAAAUAAAAGGAGGCAGCAACAAGCCAAAAACAAAUCUAAAUAGAUUCAAAUACGGUGAUAGUUGGGAUGGGAUUUUGUAUUAUUUUUAUUUUAAAUAUUGUAAGUUAAUUAAAUAUAAUGUAGGUUGUGUUACUUUUUAA